AUGAAGAUUUAUAUCUUCUUAUUAGCUACGGUUUUCGCAGUAGUAGUAAGUGGAGUGUUUGUUCCUCCACGACCUGGGCAUAAGAAACAGCACCUUUUAGGUUCCGAAUUAUGUACUAGAGGACCUGGAUACUGGUGUCAGAAUUUAACUUCCGCUGCAGAUUGCCAUGCAACGAAGCACUGCAUUCAAACUGUGUGGAUGCACAAGAAAUUGGAACCGGACGAUAGCAGCGUUUGCCAGAUUUGCUUGGAAAUGGUAAAAGAGGCCAGAGAUCAACUGGAAAGCAACGAGACCCAAGAACUCAUAAAAGAGGUAUUCGAAACGGAAUGCAGUUACUUCCGCAUCAAACCGAUCGUGAAAGAAUGCGACAAAAUCGCCGAUAAUUAUAUUCCGGAUCUAAUCGAUACGUUGGCUUCACAAAUGAACCCGCAGCUGGUCUGUUCCGUAGCCGGUCUAUGCAACAACGAAAAGAUCCACCAAAUGAUAGAAGCUUCCGAUGAAGUUCCCCAAGUGAAAGUCGCCUCGAACACCUGCCAGGGUUGCCAUACGGUCGUUAAUAUUCUAGAAGAUCGCUUUGCUAAGAUGACCAAAGACGAUUUGUUGCACAGAUUUUUGCAGUUUUGCGGUAAACUAAGCAGCUUCUCCGACGGAUGUAGCAACAUAAUCAUCACGUAUUUCGAGGAAAUCUACCGUCAUCUUCAGGCUCACUUGAACGCCAACGAAGUUUGUUUGAUGUCCGGAGAGUGCAGCGCGCAAUUCCACGAGCAUCGAGCCAGGAUCGAGAUAACGCCCAACUCGCACAUCGGCUACGUUUCCGUCGGUAACAAAAAGGACGAUUUGCCGUGCGCGCUUUGCGAGCAACUGGUCAACCAUUUGAAGAACUUGCUGGUGGCCAAUACGACAGAGAUCGAAUUCAAGCAGGUAUUGGAAGGUUUGUGCAAACAGACCGGUCAGUUCUCCGGCGAAUGUACCGAACUCGUCGAUCAGUAUUACGAAGAGGUGUACAACUUCUUGACCACCCAUUUGAACUCCACCGAGGUGUGCGAGGAAAUUGGCAUUUGCAGCGUAACAGAACAUCAGGAGAGCUUUAUUGCGCCAUUACUACCGGCAGACGGCGAAAGCGCUAAGAAAGCAAUAGAAAUAUCCAAUUCGCAAGCUAAGCCUUUGGUUCACAUUAAAUUGAGUAGCGAUGUAUCGAACACUCGAGUAUAUCCCGCUAUUAUCGCCGAACAACAGUUACCGAUCGAUACGAUGAUGCCCCACACGGAAUUAUUGUACAACAAGCAAGUGUGCGAAUUCUGCGAAUAUUUCCUGCAUUACGUGCAAAACGCCAUAACGGAUCCUAAAACAGAGGAGAAAAUCGCCGAAGUUAUCGAUGAGGCUUGCGAUAAAUUACCCACGUCGGUGAACGAAACCUGCGUCGAUUUCGUCAACAGUUACGCGCCGGCUUUGAUAGCCAUUUUAGCGCAAGAAGUCGAUCCUUCCGUCGUUUGUCCUCUAAUAAAAGCUUGCCCGUCGUCUGAUAGCCACAACGUGGAGGUAUUCAUGCAAGCCAAGAGCGAUUCGAAAUGUCCUUUGUGCCUCAUAGCCGUUACCAAAUUGGAGGAUUUGAUCAAGAACAACAACACCGAGGAGCAAAUACAAGAGGCGCUGAAGAAAGUUUGCAGUACUUUACCGCAAACGCUCGACAAUGAAUGCGAUGAUUUCGUCACGACUUACACUAAGCAAUUAGUGGAAAUGUUAAUUGACGACUUCAAGCCGGAGGAAGUUUGCGUCGCUUUGAAGCUUUGCACCGAUUCCAGGCCCGCUAGUAAAUUGCCUCCUUACGUUUUCAGGCACGUCGAAGGAAAUAUCGAAACUAAUGUAAUACCCGACAACACGAUAAACGGUCAAAUAAUAGGGAAAAAUUUGGAUGGCACUGUGCAAGAAAAACCGCAAUGUGUCUUGUGCGAAUUUGUUAUGAAAGAAAUUGAAGAUGAGUUGAAAGAUAAAAAAACUGCCGACGAAAUUGAGAACGCUGUAAAGAACAUUUGCAAAAUAAUGCCGUCAUCUAUCAGGAAGGAAUGUGACGAUUUUAUCGACAAAAACGGCAAUAUGAUCAUCCAAUUGCUCAUAGCCGCUUUGGAACCGUCCGAGAUUUGCACUAUGAUGAAACUGUGCGGAAACAAUCUAGAAACGAUCAGAGUUGAAAUUUCGGAGUGUCCCAUUUGCGAAAUGGCUGCCGACAAUAUGAUUAGGAUAUUAACGAAUCCCAAAGUGGACCAUAACGUUAUGCACGUCAUCGAGAAGACUUGCAGGGGUUUGUUACCGCAAUACAGAGAAAAAUGUACGAAUAUUGUCGAAACGAAUGGUGAUGAAAUGUUGACGAUGGCCUUUGACCAUUCUGAUAAAAGGACGAUCUGCAGAAAAUUGGGAUACUGCAAAUCCUUGAUGGCUGAUGUGUUUAUGAAUUAA